AUGGCACCAAUCACAACUCCUCUUAAAAUCACCAAUCUUGAGGAUGGAGAGACGAUUCAUCAACGCUGCCUUCUUGUCACUGGAACAUAUGAGUUCGAAGCCGCUAAAGGAAGUUACAUCCACGUAACUACCAAAGCAGCAAAUAAAUCCGAAAACUUCCCAGAGCAGACAUGGCCUCUAGCAGGCGGUCAUUUCAAGGCCAUGGUCAUGCUUUCUCCAGGAUUGAACAGGCUCGAAUUUGCCUACAUCUGUAACGACUGCAUCGAACAUACAGUUGAGACCAACGUCAACUACUGGCCUCUGAUGCAGUAUCCACCUCUCCAUCUCGCAAUCAUGGUUGCUUCUGACUCGCCGUGUCUCAUUGACUGCCCUCCUAACAAGGCUGCUGGUGUAUCUUCGACCCAUUCGGAUCUGGAUGCUGCCACUGCAAAGCUUCGCAUGACUGCGUACAUGUGGCAAGCCAUGACUGCCGAAGAUUUGAGGAAAAAAGGCGUUGGACGACGCUCCUUUAGAUUGGAGGAGGAAUGGACUGCAGACACUGUUAGUCGGGAGUUUACCAAUGCGCGCAUGGGCCAAACUCUCGCACAGGACGAUGCUAUCCGGUCUACAGCCAAGGUCCAUAUCAUCCGCUCUUCCAAGACAACCAGGGAGAUUCGCGACGAGAAUAUUGCACAGCAGAAUGACAGAGCUCGUAUCAAGGGCGCUGUUUUCGACUAUUUCAAGGAGGCGUUGAUAGAGGCUGGGGGUCCGUUCGUUCCUGAUGCUCAGCCCAUAGUUGCUGGCCUGAUCUUGGACUCUCAUUACAGCAUGUCCAAAGAUCUUAUUCUCGGACACGCCGCCCUUGGCUGCCAUGAUCCGCGUGGCAUAUCAUUGGGCAUGUUUGGAAGCCACUUGACCUACUCUUGGCCACGCUUUCUGGAAGAAGUUACCAGCUGUUUGACCGACACCCGCAAACCUGGAGAAAAGGUGGGCAACGACAAUGGACAGUGUACUACUCUAUGGGAAGCCUGUGCAAUUGGUCAGGGCGCUCACAUGCACGAAGUCGGUCAUGCAUUCGGUUCGCCGCACCGCCCUGGUAUUAUGGAGCGAGGAUAUGCCCAAGAUUGGGUCAAGAACUUUGUCUCCCAAACCGCAUACUCGCGCUACCUGAAGCAAGAAGGCGUAGUCGUCGACCCGGAAAAUACACCCAACAACGCACGCUGGGACCUAGCAGACGCACUCUCCUUCAGCAUGCUCCCCCAUUUCCGCCUCCCAACCGACCCCAUCCUCACCGAAGCCGCUCGAAAAGUAAAGCCCGACCUGAGCGUAGCCCACGACGACGAAGGUGGUCCCGCAACCCUCCAUAUCAACUCCCCCAGCGGCAUCGCGCGCAUAACCUUCAACAACACCGAGCACUCUCAGCCCGACGAAUGGCUCACCAACGCCCCCACAACCAUGACCUUCACCGAAUCCGAACUCGACAACCGCUUCGCCCGCACCUCCCCCUUGCACCUCCGCAUCCUCGCCUCCAACGGCCGCGAAACCAGCACAUCAAACGUGUGGAAGCUCCUCGCCAGCAAAUCCUACAUCCGCAUCCCCAACUCGAGCGUCAUCCUCCGCAAACACCUCGCUUACUCGUCUUCUGACUCGGACGACUACUACCGUCCCCGCAACCCGUACGAAUGGGCGCAGCUCCUGCGCGAACGCGGUGCAGACGGAAAAUUGCACCGCGCCGUAUCGAUUGACCUGCGCGUCGGAUGUCUCUGGGACGGCGGCGUGGUCAAGUACGCCGACGGCCACGUCUCGCAUUGGGGUCCGAUGCGGCGGUACGGGUCCACGCAUCGGUUUGGCGGCCAUGCCUCUGAGAAGAUUCGUCUGCCUGAGGGCGUCGAGAUUACGCGUGUGCAGGUGAAUCCGGAUAAUGGGGUCCGGGUGCAUUUGUCGAAUGGGGAGAGUAAAGGGGAACUCAAUGUGAUGGAUGGAGAGGAGGACGAGCAGGCUGCUGUUGUUGAGGUUAGGCCCGCUGAGGAUGAGAUUGUCGUUGGGUUUUUUGGCAAGAGUAGGCGGGAUGGCGGGUUCAAUGGGGUUUGCGAGUUUGGGCUUAUCUGCGUGAAGAGGGAGGUUGGGUGGGACGGGUUGCCGGAGGAGGUGUUUGGGUUGGCGGAGGUUAGGAAUACGGCGGGGAUUGAGGAGGGGGAGGAAGGCGAGGAGGAGGAGAUGACGGAUGGAGAGGAAGACGAGGAUGAAGAUGAGGAUAUGGAGGAUUAA